AUGCCGCGCUGCUACAUGGUGAAAAAAGGCGCUAGCCAGCGGCAUGAGGGCCCGCCGCCCUGUAGCCCCACCGAAGCCAGCGUGGCGCCGCCGUGCUACAGUCCCACCGAGCAUUCCGCGCUUACAGAGGGACGCAGCGCGGAGUAUGCAGAGCUGUGCAGCGCGCCGUUUGCGGAGCGGUCGGCGGCGGACACGGAGGCGGCGCACGAGUUGCUGUCCCUGGCGCAAAGCCUGCCGCCGCUGCCGCCCACCGCUGUCGUCACCGUGCUGCACGAACCCGCCCCGCCCCUCAUGCCUGUCUACACGUACACCAUCCAACCUACGAAUAUCUACAUCGUAGCCGAGGAACCACCACAAGAACACCCGCCUGUCUACCACACCGUGCAGACAGUCACUCCUGUUCAAACAAUAGAGUACGUCGACCCGCCGCAGCCGGUCAACUAUAUCACCUACCCGUCUACAGAUGAUAUUCAAACUGGGUAUGUGGAGGAAAUAGUAGAGGAGUACGAAUAUGUCGAGCAGGUUAUAACAACUUGCGAACCAGAGUGCGAGGCGCCCGAUAUCGAGCUCGAGCUUAUUCACGAACCCCAAGCUGAGCCCGAGCCUGAUAUUGAGGAAGAAGAUCCGCCAACGCCACCGCCACGACCUACGCGCGUGUGCAGAAAGAGCAAAACGGCUAAGUAUGAUUGCAACGAGUGUGGAAAAAGGUAUGCGACUUCAUCAAACCUAUCGCGGCACAAGCAAACGCAUCGCAGCCUGGACUCGCAGGCGGCAAAGAAGUGCGGUGAGUGCGGUAAGGCGUAUGUGUCGAUGCCAGCGCUGGCCAUGCACGUGCUGACACACCGCAUGGGACACGUAUGCGGCGUGUGUGGCAAGCAGUUCUCGCGACCGUGGCUGCUGCGCGGUCACCUGCGGUCGCACACUGGUGAGAAGCCAUACAGUUGCGGUGAUUGCGGUAAGGCUUUCGCGGAUCGCUCUAAUUUGCGCGCGCAUCUUCAGACACACUCCUCUGAUAAGAAGUAUGAAUGCGAGCGCUGCCGUAAAACGUUCGCGCUCAAAAGCUACCUUAACAAACACCAGGAGUCAGCAUGCGUGCGCUCCGAUGAUGAGUAAGCGCGCCUCGAUGCGCCCAAACCACGAUUGCAACGAAAGUUUUCUCUAUGAACUUCUUUACAUCUAUAUAAGGAAAAUAUUUUGA